AUGCUUCAACAAACUUUACGCAACCUGAUCUUGAUCAUCUCUGCUGCUGCUAUUUCAGCCAGGUCAUUGCACGAAUUUGCUCCAAUAAUCCCUUUGCAACAAGGACGCUCCCACUUCAAAGAGGGUGUCUUGAUACCACAAGGCUUUCCGGCCAGCCUAGAGUCAAUUCCGACUUCCACAGUCGCCGCAGCCUCAACCAUUCGUGCGAACAUACCAUCAAAUCGAAGAGCGAAGAAAUUGAACGCUCGUCACGGUAUCGUUCCUACCCCGGUCGUUCAUGCAAAUGUGGAGAUCUGCUUGGAUCUAUCUAUCACUGUGCUUGGUAUCCCCAUUAUUGACCUCAGAGCCGUCUCCGGACUCACUGCAAGCAUCAGCUCCCAUGGAAUCUCGGCCCAACAGCUUGCCGUCGUCCAAAGCUCUGUACUCUCCCAGUUACAAGCUUCAGCCCGCCUUGCCUCAUCGGCUUACGCAUGUUCUUCAGCAUGUGAUUCUAGUAUUUGUCAAUCAUCUUCGUUUGAUAAGAAAAAUAAAGCCUGCACCCUUACACCAAAGCAAUUGUCACCGACCUCCAGUGUGCUAGGAAGUUUGAUUGGAAACUUGGCCUUACAAGGAUCAGGCUCGUCAGACUACUGUAGCCUAUGUCCUAGCAAAUGUGCUGCCACCCCUUCCGCUCGUGCACGCCGUGUAAAACGUAGCCAAGUAGCCUUGGGACUUUGCCCGGUUGGCUUAAGCGCUUGUCCCAUCAGCCCAUUCUCUUCUUCCAAAGGCUAUGAAUGUAUCGAUACCCAUGAAGAGAUUGAAUCAUGUGGUGGAUGUUCUACCACUGGUGAGGGUAUCAACUGUAAUACAGUACCUGGUGUGAAAUUUGCGGGAUGUGCCGCUGGUCAAUGCUUAGCUUUCUCUUGUGAGAAGGGCUUCAAGUUAACUGCCGACCAGACAUGUGUCGCAGCGACUACAUAA